UCAAAACCAAAAUCAAAACCGUGUUGACAAUUUCACGCGAAGCGUUCAACUCAAACUACUCUACCCCAAUCCCACCUCCAUCAUUGAUCAUUGUUACUAUUUAACAAUCCUUUUCUUCCCUUCUUCACCAACCAAAAAGCAAAACUAAUCACACUUUCUCUCUCUACAAACAAAGCAAGAGAGAGAGAGAGAGAGAGAGAGAAAAAUGUGCCCUCUGAGACUGAUUUUGAUCUUCCUGUCGGCUACUCUGGCCGGGUUUCUCGUUCUGAAGAACCUCAAAUCUCAGCCUCAAAUUCUCGAAGAUCACUCCCAAGAUUCACUCAACCCUACCUCCUCUGAAUCCUCCCCCCAACCACCCCCCACUGCUACUUCCCUCAAUAAUAAGGUUUGGGGAGCAAUCGGUGCUGGGUUCUGGACCAGCGUCGACAUGGCUAGCGGCCGCUAUCUCUGGAGGAAUCUCGUUUCUUCAUCUUCAUCUUCAUCUUCGACUUCGAAGCGAACCAAUUGAAUUCUCCAUGUGUAAUACGUUCUUUCUCUCGCUCCAUUUGUUACUCUUUUUUACGCUGGAUUCCAAGUUUAGGUUUCAUUUCGCCAUUAUUAUGCCUCUCUUGUUUUGCCUCUCAAUCCAAACCAACUGUUGUUGUACAGUUUUAUGUUGUUUUUUCCCUCUUCCCUUUUAUAAAAAUCUUUGCUUCUUGCAAUGUAUAUCGGAUUUUCGCGCUGCUCUUCUACGAUUUGUUUGUGGUGCUGUUUGCACUUGAAUUGGAUAAACAUUUAUGUCUUUGUUUUCACUAUAACCCUUUUAUGUUAUGGCUAUGGACUUCUUCUUCUUCCCAAA